UCCCUCUCCCUCUCCAUCUCCAUGGACGAUGGUAUAUAUAAGCAGCCAUGGCGUCCAUCGCUGCUGUGCUGCCUCUGCCAACCUACCUAGCCCUCCCCGAUUCUCCUCUCUCGAUCCCCAGCGGAGCCAUGAGAGCUCCUGGUGGCAGUGGCACCGCCAUGGACUUCAAGAAAAGCUUCCUCAAGAACCUCCUCUCGAGCCUCCAAUCCUGCAGCUCCAGCAAGGCGGCUGCCAUGACCCUGCAGGAGAGGAAGCACGCCGUCAAGUCAUCCGCCGACAUCGCCAUGGCCGCCGCCGCCCGCGGCGGCACCGCCGGAUCGGGAACACGGCGGUGGCCACAUGCCCUCUUGGCGUCGUCGUCGUCUAGCUCAUGCAAGAUGCAAGGGAAGGUGACGAGGUGCAAGAGCAUCGUGAGGAGGUGCUGCCACAAGAGGAGGAGAGGUGGUGGCAGCAGCAGCGGUGGCACAAGCUUCUUUGCAAGGACGGCAUUGGGUGGCGGCAGCGAGGCGGCGAGGAGGCUGGUGAGGAAGAGGACCAUGGUGCUGAGGAGGAUGGUGCCCGGCGGCGAGCUCCUGGACGAGACCUCGCUGCUCCGUGAGGCCAUGGAUUAUGUCGCUCAUCUGCACGCCCAGGUCGACGUGCUGCGCCGCGUCUCGAGAGCAGUGCAGAGAUCCAAUGCAUCUUCAGUGGGGUUUGCACAGUUCAAAGAAGGGACGGUUCAGAUCUCAGGUGAAACGGACCAUCCAUGCUAGUAGAAUGUCAUUCUGAAAAGAGGAGCAAAAAUGUCUUGAAGAUAUCGGAGAAAUAUCCAAGAAGAUGAUCAGAUUUAUGUCCCUGGUCAGUUUGAUCAGCAAAUGCAGAACUGGUGCCUCGCGAAGUACGGAUUUGGUGGAGAACAGAUUAAGAUCUUGUAAUGUCGAGAGAUGAUGUUGUAAAAUCAUUCUCUUCUGAUAUGUUUGACGUGCAGAGCUUUUGCGCGUUCGCAGAAAGUAAUGUUCAAAGAUGAAUGAGAGGAAACUUGUAAGGUGGUGGUACUUGUAGCAGCCACUUUUGUACCUGAAGUAAAGUGAAAUUAAUUUAUUACAGUGCAGAGGUAGAUGGUACUGAAA